GAGGAGGACAUGGAAAAUGACGACGAGGAAGGGGGCGGUUCCCAAUGUGAUGGUGACGGGGCCGAUGAUGACGGACAGCCCAAUCCACCCAAUGAGAAGAGAGUAGUUAAGCUGAUGACAGACGACCCAGCCUUUAGACGAGGGAGGAUGAGGUGGCUGAAACAGGAACAGACCCGAAUACAGAACCUUCAACAACAGAAUAUUACUAAAAGACUCAGACAGAACACCCAGAACUCCCCAACCCCCAACACCCCUCUGGUCCCAGUGCACCCCCCCCCUGUGGUCCACCUCCCCGGGACCGGCCGCUUCAUCCCCCCACAGGACUGUAAACUGAAGUUCCCCUUCAAGAGCAACCCCCACCACCGUCUCUCAUGGAGCCCUGCCACUGCCCUGAUGAUGCUGGGGGAGGGGGGGAUAGAUGGGGAGUGGGAAGAGCGGGCAGAGGGAGGAGGUGGUAAAGCAACUCCCUCUCCUCCUCCUGCUGCUCUCCUCCCACUCCCCUUCCAGAUGGUCCCUAGAGGCCACACCCCCUCCCCACACCGCACCUGGCAACAACCACAACAGCACCGUAGCAACAGUAACCACGGGAACCCACACUUCCCAGUUCCCGGGCAACAGCAGUGUCCGCCUCCGUGGCGAUAUAGGCGGAACUCCCUGGACAGCUCCCCGCAGGGCAACAACAACAACAAUCACCAGGGAAAUAACUACCACGGCAACCCCAACAACAACGGAGGCGGUCACCAGGGGCGACCGCGUUAUCGUGGAGGAGGAGGAGGAGGAGGGAUGGAGGGCAGAGGAAGAGAGAGGGAUCAGAGAGGAGAAGGAGGGAGGUUUCAGCAAGGGGGAGGAGGAGGGGGAGACAGAGGAGGGUACCAUCACCCCUACUACAUCCCUCCUCACCAACACCUCUACCACAGCAGCAGCCUGCCACGCAGCCACAACCCUCCACCAGGGGGCCACGUUGGAGGGGCCACGGUGGAGGGGCCACGGUGGGGGGGCCACGGGCCAAGAGGAGGUGGUGUAGGGUGGUUCCAGGAGGGGUACAGCACCCCCCCUCGCAUGAAGAGGCAGUUUAGUGCCCCCGAUCUGAAGAGCAAGGAGACCCCUGUGUGACCUCUCACCCCUGACCCCACACACAGACAACCUUCCUGUAAGGACACUGCAUAUCCAGCUGACAGGCUAUGACCUGUCAUAACACUACGUACUGCUGUUAUAACUGAUGCUACUACACUACAUGACACGGUGUAUAAUGUAGCUAUAUGGACUGAGGCGUGUGUGUGUGUCUGCAUGCUUCUGUCUCUGUCAUUGUGUAAUUGAAUACGGAACAGAGUGUGUGUGUGUGUGUGUGUCAACGCUUUGCACACUCUGUGUCACUCACACACAACACUAGAUAACGCCAGUGUGUGUGUUCCUGCUGUAGUGUUUAGCGUUCUCAUAUACAACAGGUCUUUUUAGAUCGUAGUUCUGAGGGUCUUUCUGAUGGUUCUGUUCUAGUUGUUGAUUCGUUCUCAGGCACCAGCAGAGCAUUAUGGCCGGUGCCUCAGGCGGCCCACACUACCGUACCUCCUUUCCCCGUACAAAUUAAAUAUCGAUAAUUUAUUUGACCGAGACGCACGCCAACACAAAGACCCAUCAAUCUCAGAUAAAGCAUCCGAGUGACAGAAACAGCACCCCUCUGUCCCCUCUGUCUCCUCUGUGUCCUCUGUCUGUCUUUCUCCUCUGUCUCCUCUGUCCCCUCUGUCUUUCCCCUCUGUCUCAUCUGUGUCCUCUGUGAUACUAUUUCUGGCCAGACGGCAUCAGAGACAUAUAUUAACAUAGAGGGGUGCUGAUUGGAUGCUUUCCCCAGUGAGAUAGUUACAACAGAGAGGAAGUCUCUCCAGAAUAAGCCCAAUGCGUUUCUAUGGGCAUAAUAUGCAGACCUAAGCAUGUCGCCUGCCUUCCUGCCAUUAGGACAACGACUCCCGUUGUUAGGGCGGAGACAUGAGCAUCUAGUCAUUAUAUACAGAGCUCUAGUUUCAGCCUCUUGGGAAUUGGAAAGUUGGCGGGUGCACAGUGCACUGUUAGGAUGCUGUCUUCCCUUAAAGUACAUUUAUGUUUUGGCAAAAUUAUAUAAUUACUCCUGUUGUCCAUUUUUUUUAUUGUCUUUUGUUUGGAGCGCUAUAUGUGAGCAAUGAGCACGUGUCUGGUUUCUCUGCCCUGAUAGUGUUGAGGGAGAGCAUGUGUCUGGUUUUUCUUCCCUGAUAACAUGGAGGGAGAGCAUGUGUCUGGUUUCUCUGCCCUGAUAGUGUUGAGGGAGAGCAUGUGUCUGGUUUCUCUUCCCUGAUAGUGUUGAGGGGGCGCAUGUGUCUGGUUUCUCUGCCCUGAUAGUGUUGAGGGAGAGCAUGUGUCUGGUUUCUCUGCCCUGAUAACGUUGAGGGAGAGCAUGUGUCUGGUUUCUCUGCCCUGAUAUUGUUGAGGGAGUGUGCGCACCUGAGCAUGCAUAGAAGUAGGCCUACCUGGCCUGCUGCGUGUAUAUGUAGAAAAGCUGAUUUGGGAUGUCUGAUUGCCACCACGUCCACCACUGAUCACCCACCCCGUCACCACCACCUGUUAUCAGCUGAGCCUCUCAGUCAUUUUUUCCUCACCUCACACAGGAAGUUCAUGAAGUCUGACAUUUUUUUUAUACAUCCAUUGCGAAUGAUAAUAGUUCCUCACGGUAUUUGGAAAAAAAACACUCCUGGCCAAUGAUAAUCAACAAGCCUCGGUGUGAAAAAGCUAAAUAUCAUGAUCUGAUGAUCCCAUAUAUCCAGUGGAAAUGGCAGAAAAAACUGCUUUCUGUCCCGAAGCUCACUGGUGCGGGAAACUCUGAGGGCCCGGAAUAGGCUAGUUGAUACAAUGUUGCAGGUUCGCUAGCCUUUGGUCUGGACUCAGGUGAUGAUAGCUGGACUCAGGUGAUGAUAGCUGGACUCAGUUGAUGAUAGCUGGACUCAGGUGAUGAUAGCUGGACUCAGGUGAUGAUAGCUGGACUCAGGUGAUGAUAGCUGGACUCAGGUGAUGAUAGCUGGACUCAGGUGAUGACCAAGUCAAGAACAAUGGAAAGGGAGGCAGACAGCAGAGUAGAGAGAUGAAUGCGAUUGAAAAGAAAGAAUAAAUAUUUUUAUUGGGA